UACGUCCUGCUACGCCUACUCUUUUUGAUUAUUGCGAAAACACUCCUUUGUGAGGUGUAAAAAUAAAAAUAAAACUUAUACACAGUUUAUAACGGAAUUGUACAUAUUAAAUUCUGUUAAAAACAAUACCAGUAUUAAACCUUGUUCGAAGUUACAUCAUGCGGGCAAUAGCUUAAAUCUUACGUAGACUACCCCGACACCUUGGCUAUGCAAACCUACCAUCUCCCUCUCCCCGAGUCAAUUCUCCAAUUCUAAUUGUCAAGAUGAAGUACUCGGUGCUACUGUUUGCUCUGUCCUUUUUGCCAAUGCUCUGUCAGGCGAUGAUUCGCCCGAAAUACUACGAGCUUCAAGAGCUGAAGAUUCCUGGAGACAAUCCUGCUUAUUUUUGUAACAAUAACUGGGACCAUUCUCUCGACACGCUUCAAAUUAACUACCUGAACCUUGUUCCUAAUCCUCCUCGUGCUGGUAAGAACCUGUCGAUUGAGACGCAAAUCGCCGUCAACACUGUUGUUGAGGAAGGCAGCUACGUGUUGGCUGAAGUAAAGUAUGGAUUCGUUCGCAUUGUCAACGAGAAGCUGGAUCUUUGCGAGCAAGCAGAUCUUCUCGCAGGUAUCAAGUGCCCUGUUGGACCUUCCCUUAUUACGAAAACGAUUGAAGUUCCUCUCCCUUGGGCCAUUCCUCCAGGCACAUACCAUGUUAAUGCUCGUGUCUUCAAUGCAAAUGACGAACAAUUGACUUGCGUCACCGCCUCCGUUUCUUUCAGACACUUUGGUUAGUUCAUAAUGAAUGCCAAAAAGGUAUCUUGGACAGAUGUUAAGCAUUGACACUAAGAGUUAUACUCAACUUGUUUUGAAUUAACAUUUCCUCUUCGCAUUAUGCACCACUUAUAAAUAUCAGGGUCGCUGCGUUCUUCUCGUUUUGUUGUUGGAGCCUAGGGCCUAAUCGAACUACUGCUAUUUGCCCUAAUUGUCUUUAUCGUUUUUCUUUUUUCAUACAUAUAUUGUUAUACUCCUACACAGUUUUAAUUGAGCCUUUUCAGCAGUACUUAAGCUAUUGUAGCGCAACAUCUUGGAUGAAGGCAGUUCUAUACUAGCAGUGACAAGAUUAGUAAUACCAGGCACUGGAGUAGAUAGUUUAACAACAGCAGUGACAGCAAGUAUGAAUUAAAGAAACCAGAUGUAGCAAUACGUCCGGAAACAAAUUGUAUAAACAAAUAGUAGACGAUGAUGAAGGA